ACCCGAUUUGCCCUUAUCUUGAAGGCAUCAUCAAUCGGCCAAAGGGGAGGGGAAUAUUUCUUGUGUUGUUAAUCUGUUCUUGUCUGGACAGUUGUUGAUUUCUUCCCCACGACACCCAAAUCUCUGGUGGGUCUAGGGUUUCUUCUGCACUUGCUGCUAGUUGCCCGGAUCAAAAUUCAGGGUCCGGAUCUUCUCUCUCUCUCUCUGUGUUGUCAUCUGGGAUUUGCUUGGGGGGAUUUUACCUAAUUUUAAUUUAUACAUAUUUUGAGCAGCAGCGGAGAGGAACAGCGAUCUCCCCCUCCCCCCACGUCCUUGAUAGGUCUUGGGUAAGCUGCAUCUGCCAACUCCAACUCCAACUCCAAAAAUCAGACUCUGGAUCAUGACCACAAAAUGAUGGGGACACUCAUGAGAAUUUGCGUUAAAGAAGAGAAUGAUGAGUUUCCAACGGUUCCACCAGGUUUUGAGGCAUUUCCUUCAUUUACUCUAAAGAGGGUUGAAGAUAAUAAGAAAGAGGAUUGUAAACCAGAUGGUGAGAGCUUGAUCAGUUGCUCAGCGCCAGCAAAUGCUUCGGAGUUGCAGUCAGUGAAGCUAAAAACUGAAGUUGAUAGUGAUGAUGCCAAAAAAGUUACGCGGUCACUCAGGCGGAGGUCUUGGAGCAAAUAUAACCAACAUGGAAACAGUUCAGAUGAUGAGUCGGAUUGUGAGAAGAGUUUUUCUGCCAGGACCUCUCUCCCUAAGGGUGUCCUUCGUGGGUGCCCGAAAUGUAGAAACUGUCAGAAGGUGUGUGCAAAGUGGCGCCCAGAGGAUGCUAGACGGCCUAACCUUGAGGAUGCCCCGGCCUUCUACCCUACCGAGGAGGAAUUUGAAGAUACUUUGAAGUACAUAGCAGCCAUACGCCCGAGAGCAGAGCAAUAUGGAAUCUGUCGCAUCGUCCCUCCACCAUCCUGGAAACCACCGUGUCCACUGAAGGAAAAAAGCAUGUGGGAAGAAUCGAAGUUUGCUACUCGAGUCCAGAGGGUUGACAAACUUCAAAAUCGAGAGUCAAUGCGAAAGAUUUCCCUUAUGCAAAGCCAGAUGAGGAAAAAAAGGAGAAAAUGUAUGAAGAAUGGUGUAGAUUGUGGUAAUGGACAGGGGAUUAACUUGUGUCAUGGUGAUUCUUCAUCUUAUCAAGGGGAAGGGUUUGGGUUUGAACCUGGUCCUGAGUUCACUCUGGGCACAUUUCAGAAAUAUGCUGAAGAAUUUAAAACCCAGUACUUUCCCAGCAAUAAAAACACGAAUGCACUGGAAAAUAGCCAGCCUCCGUUUCAGGGUCAUUUUGAGCCUUCGCUUGAUGAUAUUGAGGGGGAGUACUGGCGAAUUGUGGAGAAACCUACUGAGGAAAUCGAGGUGCUUUAUGGUGCUGAUUUGGAAACAGGGGUUUUUGGCAGUGGGUUUCCCAAAGCAUCAAGUGAGCCUAAUUCUGUUUCUGAAGAAAGAUAUGUCAAAUCUGGGUGGAACCUUAACAACUUUCCUAGGCUUCCUGGAUCCGUUCUUUCCUAUGAAAGCGGUGACAUAUCUGGUGUUCUGGUGCCUUGGUUGUACAUAGGAAUGUGCUUUUCCUCCUUUUGUUGGCAUGUUGAAGAUCAUCACCUGUACUCGUUAAAUUACAUGCAUUGGGGUGCUCCAAAGAUGUGGUAUGGUGUUCCCGGGACACAUGCUGUUAAGCUGGAGGAGGCUAUGAGAAAGCAUCUGCCAGAUCUCUUUGAAGAACAACCUGAUUUAUUGCAUAAGCUGGUUACGCAGCUGUCCCCCUUAAUACUUAAGUCUGAGGGAGUACCUGUUUAUCGUUGCAUCCAAAAUGCUGGAGAGUUUGUUCUGACCUUUCCUCGGGCAUAUCAUUCAGGGUUCAAUUGCGGCUUUAAUUGUGCAGAAGCAGUAAAUGUAGCUCCUGUCGACUGGUUGCCCCAUGGGCAAAUUGCUGUGGAGCUAUAUCGCGAGCAAGGAAGAAAGACUUCUGUUUCUCAUGAUAAGUUAUUGCUUGGUGCGGCUAGAGAAGCAGUUAGAGCACAUUGGGAACUUAAUCUACUGAAGAAGAAUACUUCUGAUAAUUUAAGAUGGAAAGAUGCCUGCGGAAGGGAUGGCAUAUUAGCAAAAGCAUUCAAGACACGUGUCGAGAUGGAGCGAGUGCGGAGAGAACCUAUCGAUAAAAUUUCACAGGCAGUGAAGAUGGAGAACACUUUUGAUGCCACUACAGAGAGGGAGUGCAUUGUAUGUUCUUUUGAUCUGCAUCUUUCUGCAGCAGGUUGUCGUUGUUCUUCUGAUAGAUAUACCUGUUUGAAUCAUGCAAAGCAACUGUGCUCAUGUGCUUGGGGUUCAAGAUUUUUCUUAUUUCGUUACGACUUAAAUGAACUAAAUAUCCUCGUUGAGGCGUUGGAAGGAAAACUAAGUGCUAUAUACAGAUGGGCGAGGCUAGAUCUUGGGUUGGCUCUGAGUUCUUAUGUUUCAAAAGAGCACAUGCAAGCACCGGGGGUCAAUGGUAACUUAUCAAGUUCCGGUAAAGGAUCUGUGACGAAAGAAGGAAAUGCACAAAUGUCACUCACUUACAUGAAAGAUCUACUUGUGAAGAAUCUCUCUCAGAGAAGCGUGAAAACAUCACAAACUUCUCAUAAUGCACUUGAUGAACGGAAAGUGCAUCCUGGCGACCAGUUUGGGAAAGAAGAAUCAAACAAUUCUUCUCCUGCAACAGAUCACCAAGAUUGCCAGUUGUCUCAGGAAAAUGAAUCAUGCAAUGGGAAGAUUGCUGCUGAUGAAUCUGGAGCUAAGAAAUCUUCAGUUUCAGGACAAGAUAAUAUCAUUCUUUUGAGUGAUGAUGAAGGUGAGGAGCCAGAGAAGUCAGUUUUACUUCUACCAAAAGAAGGAUCAUCUGUAAGGACAGCAGAUUCUUUGGAGAGGCAGGUUCCUUCUGACAAGAAGGCAAGUGAGUGCGCUGUGCAUGAAGAAGUAACCUCAACUGCCUCCAUGACUGAUGAACCAUCUAGCAGCCAGGGGGGAAGAAAAUCGUCACCUGAAGGUCAGCAGCAUGCUUGUGCAUCAGCAAUUGUUAGUGAUGAGCUGCAUGGGAAAGGUGGAAAUCAAAAACCCAAUCUGCAGUCUGUUGCUUACAUGGGUUUGUUGAGUUUAGAAUCUAGACAUACUGAAGAUUCUUCAUUUACAAAAGAAGUUGGUGAUGACAACAGCAAGAAUUCUAGGGCUGCAACUCCAGAGGGCUACGUUCAGCAUUCGCCUUUAUGCAGCAGUGAAAAGCACAGCACCGAUGAAAAGCAAGAAAAGGGCGGAAGCAAUGUCAUCUGUAAUGUAGUGGAUAACACAGCAGAUUCCGCAGGAAGUUCAUCUUUUACUCAAAGCAAUCUGGAUAAAUACUUCCGCCAGAAGGGCCCUCGAAUUGCAAAGGUAGUGAGGAGGAUCAACUGCAAUGUCGAGCCUCUGGAUUUUGGAGUAGUUCUUCCUGGAAAGUCAUGGAGUAAUAGCAAAACAAUUUUUCCUAAAGGAUUUAGAAGCAGGGUUAGGUACAUCAACGUGUUAGAGCCUGCAAGUAUGGGUUUCUAUAUCUCUGAAAUCGUGGAUGGUGGAGGAGUUGGACCUCUGUUUAUGGUUUCCUUGGAACAUUGCACAAGUGAGGUUUUCGUUCAUGUUACGCCUACUAAGUGCUGGGAAAUGGUUAGAGAACGAUUAAAUCAGGAGAUCACAAGGAAACAUAGAAUGGGAAAGAUGAACCUUCCUCCUCUGCAGCCUCCUGGCAGUCUUGACGGCUUUGAAAUGUUUGGCUUCUCUUCACCAGCUAUUGUGCAGGCUAUUGAGGCUAUGGAUCGAAAUAGGAUCUGCAUUGACUAUUGGGCUUCCCGACCCUAUUCUCGGCCUCAAGUUCAGGUUCAACAGCAUAUUUCGUUGAUAGAUACUGGAGAAAAUGCUAACAGGACGAACAAGGGAGCAAAAGCGUGCAGUCUAGAUGCCACCGGAGAUCAUGUCAAGCCUGUUGAGGUAGAGACAGCCCUCAAAGGCCUUCUCAGGAAAGCAGAUCUGCAGGAGUUACGCACUCUAUACACCAUACUAAACCAGAAUGGGUCAAUUCUGGAUCAAGACUUGAUAACUACACUCCUUAAUGAGGAGAUUCUUAAACGGCCCAGCUGAUCCAUUCUUAUCCGAUCCUUGGGAAUUGGAGACACGAGUCGGUAACGCUGGUUUUUUGACACUGUAAAUAUGGCACAAUGUUCGGCUGCAACAUGGGUGACCUGCUCCUCGAGCUUUAUUAUCCUUUGAAAGGGAGAAAGAGCAUAUUUAGUGGAUAAAGAAGAUUGGGUUUCGAGGGAAGUUUGACUUCCCUUCAUUGGUUGAUUUUUGGAUCCUCAAAGAAUCAGUAGCUUGUGCAGUAGACACUGCCUGUUCUGAUCUCGAGCAACAGCCUCUUUACAUCAGAGUAGAAUAAGCUCCAGUGUUCUUCGUUCCUUCUUCCGGUUUCAUAUACGUUGGCAUCGCGAAUUUUAGAGGAGUUCGGAUCAGUCAGCGGCAUUCUUAACCUUCCAUGAAUUGCAAGAUGUUGAUAUGCUGAUUUUUUUUUUUUUGUCUGGAAUAGAUGAUUCAUUCUACAUUUCGACUUUGGCACUUGGCAGGUCCAAAUAGUACACAAUGUUCAAUUGUUCCUGUGGCGUUUUUCAGGUAUAUUUUCUAUGAAAUUGAAGUUGAAAACUGUCAGAGCCAUCCGCAAUGAAUGAAUUGAAACUGUGACCAGUACUCUUCCCGAAAUGCGUCGUCAAAGGAGGUUCUACAUUUUGACU